AUGGAAGUGAGGCUGCAUAGGCUUUUGGAGAGUUUGCCCAAUGACUUUAUCACUUACACUACUUGCUAUAGUUACUCAAGGGAGCAAUCAGUGUGUGCAGAUAGUAAAUGGGAUUUCAUGAAUGCUACCAUUCUGCUAAAUCACUUUGCACAUCUCACUCAUCAGUAUCCUAUUAGGUCCAAGGAGGUUGGACACAGCUCAUUUUCAGGUUGGGUGUGGGGUUCUGGACCCUGUCUGGCUCUGGGAUCAGCUGAGGCAACCAUGCUUAGACCACGUCCAAUAGAAGAGUUGGCAGGACUAAGGAUUGUAGAUAUAUCUGCUGGAGAUUCGCAUGCUCUUGCCUUAACACAUGAAUCUGAGGUAUAUGCUUGGGGUUCCAACACAAUGGGUCAGUGUGGCCAAGGCCACACUUUAUCUCCUAUAACUCGACCAAAGAAAGUUAUGGGUCUUGAUGCUGCUGUACACCAAAUAAGUGCUGGCACUACACAUUCAAUUGCUUGGACAGCCAUUCCUACUGAUAGGCGAGUUGUUUCUUGGCAUCGACCAUUUUGUGUUGACCUUCAAGAGGGAACUUUCUCACUCCUUCGUACAUUCAUCGAGCAGUAUUGUAUUUUUGAUGACCCUGAGCAACCAGUUACACCAUUUGCAUCCCUAAGGUAA